AGUAGUAUGAGUGGAGUAGGAGAUUUGAUCUGGCCACAGCAGGCAGCCCUGUUUCUAGGAGUAAAUGUCACAGGUAGUGGUUACCGUGAAACCUGUCUGCUACCCUCUGACAGAGACCACAUGGAAGGGUAUGUCCGCAGACGGGUGGGUGCUUCUGCGUACAUAUUUUUUUCUUCACCCUUUUGCACUCGAGUGCUGCAAGAACAGCCUCUCAGUCAACCUCACGCUGCCAUUCUAUCCUCAAGUCUCCUCAAACGAUCAGGAGUUUCCACGUCCUUCGCCCUCUAACCCUCCCGAGUACAAUGCUUCAAGGUGCACAACCAAUACUCAACUCCAAACCCAGAAGGAGGAAUGUCAGGUCGCACUAUUAUCAUUUGUAGGUGUGGGUCCCGCGCGGUCAGACGCCGAUUGUAGCGAGGGCAAAGCGCGUUUCCCCGGUAUAUUGUGACUUUUGCUUCUGAAGAUCUUCAAGAUGUCUGAGAAUACCAUCACGGACAUGGUGCGAUGUGUUUACAACACACACAACACUGUCACUGGCUCGGUGUGCAGAACGAACACCGAAAAUCUUCUGCCAGAGCACAUCGCCUUGUUUGACCAGCUGAGUGAAGAAAUCAAAAAAAGUUAUUACGGAACUGGCAUCAUGAUCCCAGAAAAGCUGAAGGGCAAGCGCGUGCUUGACGUCGGGUGCGGGUCGGGUAGCCUCGUAUUCAUCCUGAGUAAACUAGUCGGGCCCACGGGCUACGUCGUUGGCGUCGACCUGAGCGAGAUGCUCAUUGAAAUAGCUAGGUCACAGGUCGAUUAUCACCGAAAAGCAUGGGGUUAUGACACUAUGAACUGCGAAUUUGUCCUCGGCAAUGUGGAGAAUUUACCUUUCCCUCCAGAAAGUUUUGAUAUCGUUGUAUCCAGCGGGGUAAUCAGCAUGUGUCCAGACAAGGAGGCUGUGUUUGCUGUAGUACAUUCCGUGCUGAAGGAAGGGGGACAGUUUUUACUCUCUGAUGUUUGCGGGGAGGACGAUAUUCCUGAAGAAUGCCGAAGCAACGACGUCAUAUGGACCUGUGGACUGGGUGGUCUGCGUUGGGACAGACUGGCUGAGGUGGCCAGCAAAACGGGCUUCACGAGACCUCACCUGAGACAGGCUGCUCCUGUCGACAUCGCAGAAGAAUAUGUCAAAAUGAUUGAAAAUUCACGCUUCACGUGCGCCGGGUGGCGACUCUUCAAACUGCCAGAAGACCACAGAUACGACGCUUGCCGGGUAACGUACAAGGGCAAUAUACCCGAAUACUCCGAUCAGCUCCCAUGGGACAUAGACCUCACCUUUAAGAAAGGUCAAGGUGUUGAUGUCGAUGGUGAGUUGACCACUCUGCUGUCGACCUCCUACCUCAGAGAAAACUUUGAUUUUGCCGACACCAACGUUAAGCCAGUCACUAAGAGGAAUCAGAACCCCUUUGCUUACUUGGACAAGCUUCAGUCUGAGGGUCGCCUGCCACCAUCUAUUUUUAAAGUCGAAUAAAAGCUCUUUCAUCGCCACAGUCAACUUUCUUUGAAAUCCUGUACUCAGAGUCCACGAAUGUAUUUAGUUUCUGAAAAUAUUUCAUGAUGUUUCAGGACCCAAAGCUAGUGCAACUUCACCCGCUGUCUCAUACAUAAUGAGCUCAGUCAGCUGUAAUGCUCUUAUUGAAAUCCAUCUUCUCUGCUUUUUGUUGGCUCCCAUUCCAAGAAUAAUGUAACAUAUCAAGCUCUGGUAUCUCCUAGGUGUCGAAUUUCGUUGUAAACAACCGACUGGUCGUCAGGACACGUCCCAUAACAACUGCUUAUUCAGCAGAACAUUUAUCGUUAACAUGUACAAACAAGCAAAGAAAUUAUACUAAAAAGAAAGCUUAGAAAAUAUGUCAAUAACUGUUAAGUAUGACUUUAUUGACUGUCGUUAAUAUACUGCCUGAUGAUACUACAUCUCAGUCUGAAGGCUUGACAAUGGUAUCUUUAUUUGCUUUUAUUAGUUAUCUAAUAUGUAUUUUCAAAGAGGGCAACAACUACUUCUUUUUUAUUUGUCAACUUAUCUUUAAAAGCAUUGAAUAAGUGAUCUUAUUUAUUCGUCUAAAUGUCUAUGAAGCAUUGAGUACUUGCAAAUGCGAUCUAUCUUCGUCGUGGUGCUGCGCAUUACAAAUGCCCAUUAUUACUGUUAUACCUGGUCUUACAGUGUAAAACCAUACUGGCUAAAAACUGUCUUGCAAUAAAACUUCCGUGA